UCCGCUUAAGCAACACCAUCUAGGAAAUAAAAAAAUAUUUAAAAUUAAAUAUGUUGUUUCUUAAUUCAAUUCGUUUUAGCUUGAUUUUUCUUUCAAUGUGUCACUUACAAAAAGAGCAAGCUAAUGGACAAGAAGUUCAGCUGCCUCCCGGUCAAGAAUGCCAAAUGACUCCAGUUAUUCACGUACUUCAACAUCCAGGAUGUGUACCUAAGCCUAUUCCAUCAUACGCCUGCAUCGGUAAAUGUACGAGUUACGUUCAGGUUUCCGGUAGUAAGAUUUGGCAAAUGGAAAGAUCUUGCAACUGUUGUCAAGAAUCAGGAGAAAGGGAGGCAUCUGUUGUAUUAUUUUGUCCUAAAGCUAAGAAUGAAGAAAAGCGUUUCCGAAAGGUGUCCACGAAAGCUCCAUUAGAAUGCAUGUGUCGUCCAUGUGGUGCUAUUGAAGAAAGUUCAAUUAUUCCUCAGGAAAUUGCGGGAUACGCUGAUGAAGGAAUUUUAAAGAGUCAUUUUAGGCAGAACUUAUAAAUAUAAAGAAAUCAUUAAUACGACUGAACAAAUUAA